CUUUCUCCUCUGCACAUUUGAUAUAAUUUUCUGUUUCUCUCUCCUAGGGUUUAUACUCUUUGGCACAAUCUUUCAACUUCUGAUAUCUCAAUUGCACUGUCUUCAAUGUGAAAUUCAAAUAUCACCUGACAUUGCUGAAGUUCGAGUUCACUUCCUGCUUCAUUUGAAGACAUAGUGAGGCGAAGCUAAGAAAUGGCUUCCAGAGGAGGUGCUGAACCGUCGCUGCAGCGACGGAUAACGAGGACCCAGACGGUGGGAAACAUUGGAGAGUCUAUGUUUGAUAGUGAGGUGGUCCCAUCGUCGCUGGUCGAGAUUGCCCCCAUUCUUCGUGUUGCCAAUGAAGUUGAGCCCAGCAACCCCCGCGUUGCUUACCUCUGUCGGUUUUAUGCCUUUGAGAAGGCUCAUCGCCUGGACCCCACCUCAAGUGGACGUGGUGUACGACAAUUUAAAACUGCACUUUUGCAACGACUUGAAAGGGAGAAUGAUCCAACCUUGAUGGGCAGGGUGAAAAAAAGUGAUGCCCGAGAAAUGCAGAGCUUUUACCAGCAUUACUACAAAAAGUACAUCCAAGCUUUGCAAAAUGCGGCUGAUAAAGCUGAUCGCGCACAGCUUACAAAAGCAUACCAAACUGCAAAUGUUCUCUUUGAGGUCUUGAAAGCAGUCAAUCAGACUCAAUCUGUAGAAGUGGAUCGUGAGGUGUUAGAAACUCAUGAUAAAGUUGCUGAAAAGACAGAAAUAUAUGUCCCAUAUAAUAUACUUCCUCUUGAUCCUGACAGUGUGAACCAGGCUAUCAUGAAAUAUCCAGAGAUUCAAGCUGCUGUUUGUGCUCUUCGAAAUACCAGGGGUCUUCCAUGGCCUAAGGAUUACAAGAAGAAGAAAGACGAAGACAUUCUUGAUUGGCUUCAGUCGAUGUUUGGUUUUCAGAAAGACAAUAUUGCGAAUCAAAGAGAGCAUUUGAUAUUGUUGUUAGCUAAUGUUCACAUACGACAGUAUCCAAAGCCUGACCAACAGCCUAAGUUGGAUGAACGUGCGCUAAAUCAUGUAAUGAAGAAGCUUUUCAAGAACUACAAGAAAUGGUGCAAGUAUUUGGAUCGGAAAAGUAGUCUGUGGUUGCCAACCAUACAACAGGAAGUGCAACAACGGAAACUUUUAUACAUGGGGUUGUAUCUUCUUAUAUGGGGUGAAGCUGCAAAUUUGAGAUUCAUGCCAGAAUGCUUAUGCUAUAUAUAUCAUCAUAUGGCUUUUGAACUCUAUGGCAUGCUAGCUGGCAAUGUCAGUCCCAUGACUGGUGAAAAUGUGAAGCCUGCCUAUGGAGGAGAAGAGGAAGCUUUCUUGAGAAAAGUUGUUACACCGAUCUAUGAAGUGAUUGCACAAGAAGCUGCAAGGAGUAGACGAGGAAGAUCAAAGCAUUCUCAGUGGAGGAACUAUGAUGAUAUAAACGAAUACUUUUGGUCUGUAGAUUGCUUCAGGUUAGGUUGGCCUAUGCGUGCAGAUGCUGAUUUCUUUUGCCUACCUGUGGGUGAGCUUCGGUCUCGGAAAAAUGAUCAUGCUAGAGAUCGAUGGGUAGGGAAAGUUAAUUUUGUCGAGAUACGUUCAUUUUGGCACAUCUUUCGAAGCUUCGACAGAAUGUGGAGUUUCUUCAUAUUGUCUUUACAGGCAAUGAUAAUUGUUGCAUGGAACGGUACUGGAGAACCUAGUGGAAUAUUUGAUGCUGGAAUUUUUAAGAAAGUACUUAGCAUCUUUAUAACUGCUGCAAUACUGAAGCUUGGACAAGCCAUUUUUGAUGUGAUUCUUAGUGUCAAAGCAAGGCAAAGCAUGUCAUUUUAUGUUAAGCUAAGAUACAUCCUAAAAGUCAUAUCAGCUGCCGCUUGGGUGAUAAUCCUAGCUGUUACUUACGCUUAUACAUGGAAAAAUCCUCCAUCAUUUGCCCAAGCCAUCAAAAAUUUGUUUGGAAAUAGUUCAAAUUCUCCCUCACUGUUUAUCCUCGCUGUUGUCAUGUACCUAUCACCGAAUAUCCUUGCAGCAGUAUUUUUCCUUUUCCCACUUAUUCGUAGAUUCCUUGAGAGAUCAAACUACAAAAUUGUGAUGCUCAUGAUGUGGUGGUCACAACCUCGACUCUAUGUUGGUAGGGGAAUGCAUGAGAGCGCAUUUUCUCUGUUCAAGUACACAAUGUUCUGGGUUCUACUUAUUGCAACGAAGCUAACAUUCAGUUUUUAUUUAGAGAUCAGGCCUUUAGUAAGUCCUACAAAAUCUAUCAUGCAUGUCCACAUAACGACUUAUAAGUGGCAUGAAUUUUUUCCGCAUGCUAGAAACAAUAUUGGUGCAGUGGUAGCACUUUGGUCUCCAAUUAUUCUUGUAUAUUUCAUGGAUACUCAGAUCUGGUAUGCGAUAUUUUCAACGCUGUUUGGUGGCAUUUAUGGGGCUUUCCGUCGACUUGGAGAGAUCCGUACUUUAGGAAUGCUGAGGUCCCGGUUUAAGACUUUGCCAGCUGCUUUUAAUGCAUGCCUAAUCCCGGAAGAUAAGAGCGAGCCACCAAAAAAGAAGGGAUUGAAGGCCACUUUUUCCCGAAACUUUGCCGAGGUCCCAUCCAACGACGAGAAAAAAGCAGCAAGAUUUGCUCAGUUGUGGAAUAAAAUUAUCUCUAGCUUCAGAGAGGAAGAUCUUAUCAGCAACCGGGAAAUGGACCUCUUGCUUGUACCUUAUUGGGCAGACCGUGAGUUGGGUCUUGUACAGUGGCCUCCGUUUUUGCUUGCCAGCAAGAUUCCAAUAGCAGUUGAUAUGGCUAAGGAUAGCAAUGGAAAACUAAAUGAACUGAAAAAGAGGAUCGAGGGUGUUGAUGAUUACAUGGCUCCUGCUGUUUCUGAGGGCUAUGCUUCAUUUCGAAAUAUAAUUAGAUGUUUGGUUCGCGGUGAUCGUGAAAAGGAGGUGAUUGAGUAUAUCUUUUCUGAAGUUGACAAACACUUUUCCGAAACUAACAAGAAUAUAGAGGAGGGUGAUUUCAAACUGAAUGCACUUCCCAUCCUUUAUGAUCUCUUUGUGAAGCUUAUCAAGUACUUGCGUGCAAAUAAGCAGGAGGAUAGAGAUCAAGUUGUGAUUCUUUUUCAAGACAUGCUAGAAGUUGUUACACGGGAUAUUAUGAAUGCAGAGGAUAUAUCUAACUUGUUAGAAUCAAUCCAUGGGGCCUCUGGGCAUGAAGGAAUGAUCCCUUUUGAACAUCAACAGUAUCAAUUAUUUGCAUCUGCUGGAGCCAUUGCAUUUCCAGCACCAGAAACUGAAGCUUGGAAAGAAAAGAUUAAUAGAAUAUUUUUACUCCUUACCGAAAAGGAGUCUGCAAUGGAUGUACCAUCGAAUCUAGAAGCUAGGAGGCGUAUAUCCUUUUUCUCCAAUUCGCUGUUUAUGGACAUGCCAUCUGCCCCAAAAGUUCGUAACAUGCUUUCCUUCUCUGUUUUGACUCCAUACUACACAGAGGAGGUCCUUUUUUCAUUGAAAGACCUGGAAGAACCAAAUGAAGAUGGGGUGUCUAUCCUCUUUUAUUUACAGAAAAUUUUCCCAGAUGAAUGGACCAAUUUUCUUGAGCGUAUGAAUUGUCCUAGUGAAGAAGAGCUAAAGGGAUUAAUGGACCAAGAUGAGCAAACAAGUGAACAGCUACGUCUUUGGGUAUCCUAUAGAGGCCAGACUUUGACUAGAACUGUGAGAGGGAUGAUGUAUUACCGCAAGGCUCUUGAACUUCAAGCCUUCCUUGAUAUGGCUCAGGAUGAAGAUUUGAUGGAAGGGUAUAAAGCUAUUGAGUUAAAUGAGGAUCAAAUGAAGGGAGAGAGGACUUUGUGGGCACAAUGUCAGGCAGUGGCUGAUAUGAAAUUUACUUACGUUGUAUCUUGCCAGCUAUAUGGCAUUCAUAAGCGAUCUGGUGAUCAGCGUGCACAAGACAUUUUAAAACUCAUGACAACGUACCCAUCUCUCCGUGUUGCUUAUAUAGAUGAGGUUGAAGAACCAAGCAAAGUUGGGUCAAAGAAGGUGAAUCAAAAGGUUUACUACUCUACGCUUGUGAAGGCCGCUCUGCCAAAAUCUAAUUCCUCUGACCCGGGACAAAAUCUGGAUCAGAUCAUAUAUCGAAUAAAAUUACCAGGUCCUGCUAUCUUGGGCGAAGGAAAGCCUGAAAAUCAAAAUCAUGCCAUUAUAUUUACACGUGGAGAGGGUUUGCAAACAAUAGAUAUGAAUCAGGAUAACUAUAUGGAAGAAGCGUUGAAAAUGAGAAACUUACUUCAAGAGUUCUUGAAAAAGCAUGAUGGUGUGAGAUAUCCUUCAAUACUCGGACUGAGGGAGCACAUAUUUACUGGAAGUGUUUCAUCUCUAGCUUGGUUUAUGUCUAAUCAAGAGACCAGCUUUGUCACUAUUGGUCAGAGACUUUUGGCCAACCCUCUUAGGGUUCGAUUCCAUUACGGCCAUCCUGAUGUAUUUGAUAGAUUAUUCCAUCUAACGAGGGGUGGAGUUAGUAAAGCUUCAAAAAUUAUCAAUCUAAGUGAGGAUAUAUUUGCUGGCUUCAAUUCAACACUCCGUGAAGGCAAUGUAACUCACCAUGAGUAUAUUCAAGUUGGUAAAGGGAGGGAUGUGGGCCUUAAUCAGAUUUCUUUAUUUGAAGCCAAGAUAGCAAAUGGUAACGGAGAGCAAACUCUGAGUCGUGAUUUAUAUAGACUUGGGCACCGGUUUGACUUCUUCCGAAUGCUCUCAUGUUACUUCACUACUAUAGGGUUCUACUUCAGCACGUUGGUUACCGUCCUUAUAGUUUACAUCUUCCUUUAUGGACGUCUUUAUCUUGUGCUUAGUGGACUUGAAGAAGGACUUACUACCCAGGCUUCAAUCCGCAACAAUAAGCCUCUUCAAGUGGCUCUUGCUUCUCAGUCGUUUGUUCAAAUUGGGUUUUUAAUGGCUCUUCCUAUGAUGAUGGAAAUUGGGUUAGAAAGGGGAUUCCGCACAGCACUUAGUGAAUUUGUACUUAUGCAAUUACAGUUGGCUCCUGUGUUCUUUACAUUUUCACUUGGAACUAAAACCCAUUAUUAUGGAAGAACACUGCUGCACGGUGGAGCAAAAUACAGACCCACAGGUCGUGGCUUUGUUGUGUUUCAUGCUAGAUUUGCUGAUAAUUAUCGGUUCUACUCCCGUAGCCACUUUGUUAAGGGCCUUGAGCUUCUGGUUCUAUUACUUGUGUAUGAGAUAUUUGGACAAGCUUACAGAGGAUCAGUUGGAUAUAUCUUGAUUACUGCAUCGAUGUGGUUCAUGGUUGGAACGUGGCUGUUUGCUCCAUUCCUCUUCAAUCCAUCUGGUUUUGAAUGGCAGAAGAUAGUUGACGACUGGACUGACUGGAACAAGUGGAUAAGCAACACCGGGGGUAUAGGUGUCCUUCCUGAGAGAAGUUGGGAAUCAUGGUGGGAGGAGGAACAAGAGCAUCUUCGCCACUCUGGAUUGCGCGGCAUUAUUACUGAGAUUAUACUAGCUCUACGAUUCUUCAUAUAUCAGUAUGGGCUUGUCUAUCACUUGAACAUCACUAAAAGAACUCAAAGUGUUCUGGUUUAUGGUGCGUCAUGGCUGGUUAUCUUUAUCAUGCUCUGUGUAAUGAAAGGGAUAUCUCUUGGACGGAGGAAAUUCAGUGCAAGUUUUCAACUUGUAUUUCGUCUAAUCAAAGGGGUGAUAUUUCUUGCAUUCGUUACUGUUCUGGUAAUUUUGAUUGCACUGCCUCACAUGACACCUCAAGACAUCGUUGUGUGCAUUCUUGCCUUCUUGCCAACUGGCUGGGGGUUGCUUUUGAUUGCCCAAGCAUGCAAGCCUCUUUUGCAAAAGACUGGAUUCUGGGGAUCAGUCCGGGCACUUGCUCGUGGAUAUGAGAUAGUGAUGGGGCUGCUACUGUUUACACCCGUUGCUUUUCUGGCAUGGUUUCCUUUUGUUUCAGAAUUUCAGACUCGAAUGCUGUUCAACCAAGCGUUCAGUAGAGGUCUCCAGAUUUCGCGUAUCCUCGGUAGCCACAGGAAGGACCGUUCUCGGAACAAGGAGUGAGGUUUCCAGGCGAUUUGGUCAUGUAUUCUGCUGCUGCUAACCUUCUGCUUUCUCUGCUCCACAUUACAUGAAAAUUUUCCUUUUUUUUGGGGGGGGAGGGGGGGGGAGGUGGAGCUGACUGCUGUUGUAAUUAUUAAUGCACGCUGAAGUCAGUCUAUUAUUAUUGAAGGGGAACCUAUUGUCCUUUGCCAAUGGUGCUACAACAUUUUUUUUUUAUAAUUUCUUUUAUAGUUUUGCAUGAAAAAUGAUGCAUUGCAUUUUUCCUUGCUUCUUGCAUUAUAAGAAGUUUUGGGUAGUAAAUUUAUCCGUGCAUUAAGUCUGAUGGAAACAACAACCUCUUCAUUUUUCACAAGUGUAAGGUUGUGUGUACACUCCCCCCCUACAGAAUCGGGUUUGUUGUACUCCGUACAUUUAUUGGCUAACCUCUUCUUCUGUCUUAAUCACAAAUUCUAGAAAAUAAUAAGAGGGAAAAUAUUCUGUAUAUUGAAUUGUUCUGCUAAGUACAAGGAGUUUCUCCUUUAUUUAUAGGAGAGGAUAAAGACCAAAACACAAAAGGAAUUCUAUUCCUACAAGGAAACAAAUCACUAAAUAUGAACAAGGAAACAAAUCAAGAGCAAUCCCACUUAGAAUGGGAUUUGCUCUCCUUCUUGCCAAGUUGUGAGACAGAUAUAAGAUUGCAAUUGAGUUGAGGAACUAGCAAAACAUUUUCUAAGGUGAUCAAAUUAUCCACAAUCACACUCCCCUUUUGGUUGGCUAUUGCACAAUCUCCAUUCGGUAGGCCAACUGAGCAAGGUUUUAUUGCUUCCAAAUUUUCAAGACACUUCUUAUCACCGGUCAUAUGUUGACUGGCUCCACUAUCAAUGAUCCAAGAAGUGUUAGUCAUACCUGAAAAUUUACUUUCCAUACCCGAAUCCUUCUUGUUUAAGAGUCCCAUAAGUGU